AUGGCAACCGAUGCAGAGCCUAGACAGGAGAUAAGCGACGCUCGGACAACCUGCUGCUCCCAGGGUGAGUGUACCGACGGCUGCGUCCCGACGGCUGUGUCCCGCCGGCUGUGUCCCGACGACUGUGUCCCGACGGCUGUGUCCCGACUGCUGUGUACCGACGGCUGUGUCCCGACGGCUGUGUCCCGCCGGCUGUGUCCCGACGACUGUGUCCCGACGGCUGUGUCCCGCCGGCUGUGUCCCGACGACUGUGUCCCGACGGCUGUGUCCCGACUGCUGUGUACCGACGGCUGUGUCCCGACGGCUGUGUCCCGACUGCUGUGUCCCGCCGGCUGUGUCCCGCCGGCUGUGUCCCGACGGCUGUGUCCCGACUGCUGUGUACCGACGGCUGUGUCCCGACGGCUGUGUCCCGACGGCUGUGUCCCGCCGGCUGUGUCCCGCCGGCUGUGUCCCGACGGCUGUGUCCCGACGGCUGUGUCCCGACGGCUGUGUCCCGACGGCUGUGUCCCGACGGCUGUGUCCCGACGGCUGUGUCCCGACGGCUGUGUCCCGACGGCUGUGUCCCGCCGGCUGUGUACCGACGGCUGUGUACCGACUGCUGUGUCCCGACGGCUGUGUCCCGACGGCUGUGUCCCGACUGCUGUGUCCCGACGGCUGUGUCCCGCCGGCUGUGUCCCGACGGCUGUGUGCCGACGGCUGUGUCCCGCCGGCUGUGUACCGACGGCUGUGUACCGCCGGCUGUGUCCCGACUGCUGUGUCCCGCCGGCUGUGUCCCGACGGCUGUGUCCCGACGGCUGUGUGCCGACGGCUGUGUACCGCCGGCUGUGUCCCGACUGCUGUGUCCCGCCGGCUGUGUCCCGACGGCUGUGUCCCGACGGCUGUGUCCCGACGGCUGUGUACCGAUGGCUGUGGACCGACUGCUGUGCCUGUGUGUGA